GAGAUAGCAGUGUCUCUGUUCUGUGGCAGUGUGGUGGCAAUCAACAUGGCUGCAAUCAGCGAACUGCAAAACGAAAUUGCCAAACUGUGUCGCGAUUAUAUGGAGGUUACCAAAAGUGAUUCUCAAAGUUCUAUAGUUAUAGAGAUUGCAGAAGCUAUCUGCAAAGCCCAGUCAAAUGGAAUUCUCAAUCUUGUUGAGGUACUUGGGCCAUAUCUUUCGAACGAUGAAAUAGCUCGAAGGAAAAAAGGCACACAGUUACUUGCCGAGUUGAUGCACAGGCUGACUCCAAACUACUUGGGAAACAAAGAACUUGAGCUUUUGGCAGUGUUUUUUAUUGACAGACUAAAGGAUCACCAUUCAAUUCAACCACAAGUUUUAUAUGGACUUCUAGGACUGGUUUCCUACCAUAAUUUAGCUGACAACCUGAUAAUUGACAUAUGUCAAUCAAUUUUUGCAGAAGUGCAUGUACGCACACUUGUACAGGCUGACAGGCGAAAUGUAUUCAAUCUUCACUCCAACUUGCUUGAAAAAUAUAUCAAACCACUGCAAAGGAUGGGGCCUGACUUUGUCCUAGGUUUCAUUCAAAGUAUGGAUGGAGAGAAAGAUCCAAGGAAUCUGCUUGUUUGCUUUCAUAAUGCUGAGCAAAUCAUCAAAUUGCUCCAGUUUUCUGUGUUUACAGAGGACCUUUUCGAAGUUACAUCCUGUUACUUUCCAGUCGAUUUCACCCCACCCCAAAAUGAUCCCUAUGGUGUAACCAAGGAGGAACUAGUUACAAGUCUCAGGAAAUGUCUUUCUGCAACCCAGUUGUUUGCACCAUUUAUCAUGCCACUUUUGAUGGAAAAAGUUUUAUCUGAUAUUUUAAGUGCAAAAAUUGAUGCCUUUUAUACUUUAGCAGCUUGUGUUAAGAGCUAUAACCCUGAUGAUGUCAAGGAUUUCGUACAAGAGAUAUGGAGCGCACUUCGAAAUGAUUACCUGCUAGGUGGAAUAAAAGCCAUUGAACAUUCUGGAAUGGAAACCUUGAAAUCUGUCAUUAUCUGUCUCAGCAGCCAGUUUGAUAUUUGUAAUACUUUUGUGAACAUGGUUAUUAAGGAUUGCGAGCAAGCUUUGAAAGAUCCUGACCUGAAUAUUCCUGACCAAUUAGGACUUGUUUUACAUACUGUUGCAUAUUCAUGUCCAGAGGUUUGUCAUAUGUUUCUUCCCAAAAUAGUCAAAUUUUUGUUCUCAAUGUUAAAUGAAAAACAGACAACUGGAAAAGUUGUUAGUAUCAUCCACAUCAUCAAUAAGCUUUUGGAAUAUUCUAAGGUGACACAGGAAUUUAAUACCAAAAAUUUGCUACAGGAAGCAGACUGUGUGUCUACGUCCUUUCUGCUUGUUACCAUUUCAAGCUCAGAAGAUCCAGUUUUAGUUUCCAGUGCAAUGAGAUGUGUUCUUGCAAUGAUGCAUAACAGCGUGUUGGCCCAAGAUGACAUAUCAAUCUUUUGUGACAAUAUAGUUUUGCAGUUAAGCAAAAAUGUGAAUUUCCAGAUUUUAAGUACUGCUUUUUCUUGCAUAUCAGCAAUUUGUGAACACAAAAUGGAACCAUCCAUUGGAUAUUUUGCUGAGCAACUUCAACAAAAUAUUCUUCAUCUUUCAAACAAUGUACCACCAGAAAAGGAAGUUAUGGUAAGAUUAAAAAACACAUUUGAAGCACUGUUAAAGACCCUGGCUUCAAAUAAUGUCCAUUCUAUUUUGAAUAACUUGUUUGCAAUAUUGAAGAAGAAUGUAGUUGUUGCUUCUAUGGUACUUCAGUUCACAGUUAAAGCAAUUGAGUACUACCCAACAGAGGCAGUAAAUUUGGAAUCAUUAGUUAUCCCAGAAUGUAUUAAUCUAAUGGAGAAUGAGUCUACAGAAAAGUUAUUGGUCAAUAGUGACACAUGGAGUUUACUUAUACUGGUCAUAAGGACAAUGAUUUGCAAUCUGCCAGCUGAAUCUCAAGAGAGCUGUUUCAUGCAGUAUGCUUUAAGUUUGUUUCCAGGAGGUACAAAUUUGGUUGUAGAUGUGAUGACAAUAGAACAUGCCAAAGUACCAUCAUACAAAAUAUUAGAUGAUUCCAAGAAAAUUGCUUUGUUGCACUCAUUUGUUUGUGGCUUGAGAAAGUCAGUAAAGAUUCAAAAGGCAUCAGUGCUAUUGAAAUCAUUGGAAAAUGCAAUUAGGGAUGAACAAGAUCAGACUGCUACCCAAAAUGGUUGCAAUAUAUAUGCAUCAAUAAUAAACAAACUGCCUGAAGGUGAUACACUUGAUGUAAAACUACAGGAGAUAUUUGAGUUCACAGCAAAGUUUGUUAAAGAUGAGACACUUGCAGUUAGGCAAAGAGAGAACAUCUCAUUACUGUUUUUAUGGGUGUGCAGGGCAGCUAUUUUGCGAUGGCAUAAGCAGGCUCCCAUUCUAUCCAAUGAAGUUGUGUUACUUCUUCAAGAUGAAGCUGUUGGGAGCUAUGUUGGAGAUAAUUUUUCACUUUUGAUUAAUGAUGACACAGAUUGCUUGAAUGAAAAAAUGCAUGCAAAUAGAAAAAUUAUGUAUAAACAAAGAUUUGUUGAGUUGAUAUUACCCAAGCUGGUGUCUGCUUUCAAGAAUGCUGAAGACAAAGCAAAGAGCAAUGUAUCAAAGGCCAUUUCUCAUCUUUUCCAAUAUCUGCCAAAGAAAAUGUUGCAAAAGAAGCUGCCUCCUAUCAUGACACUGUUGAUUCGCUCACUGUCCUUUUCGGAUCCUGUAAUUCUCUCUUCAACCCUCACCACAUUGAGGUCUCUUGAAAGGCCUGAUGUCCUCAAAGAACAUGUCACAUCACUCAUACCAAGACUGCUGUCAUUGGCCAAAGCACCAGAAUCAAUGAACUUGCGAAUGCAAGCCAUUUUGUGUCUGAAAUUCUUAUCCAAUUUGCCACCCUACAGUAUUUAUCCAUACCAGCUGAAUGUACUCCGAUCUCUUAAAAUAUGCUUGAAUGAUAAGAAGCGGUUGGUACGGAAAGAAGCAUAUAAAUGUAGGAACCAAUGGUAUCUUUUGAAGGAAAGCAACUGAAGAACAUUGUAGUCUUGUCAAAGUACUUAUUAUCUACUCAUAUUAUCUGUAUCCAUGAAACUUUCUAUCCUUGUAUGUGUUCAACAUAUGUGAAUGAUAGUUUUUUGAGUUAUAAUCUACACCACUGUUUGUACAACUGUGCGAUUUAAAAUUAAACUUUUGCCUCAGCUGACAAAUGCAAAGAAUUUUUCUUUACAAAAUAUCCAAACAGAAGAUUUGAAUAAGGUUAGGAAAAUCCAAUGGGAAUUGAAAAUAAGUUAGACUUAGAUAAAGCUUCAGUUCUCCAGGGUAUGAUUGGGGUCCAACUGUACCUAAGAAUUUUUUAAAGGUAAAAUUCAGCAAUGUUGAAUGUUGUUUAAAACAUUUGGUGAAAUUUGUGACAUUCUCAGAAGAUGGUGGCAAAAUAAUAAAAAACAUUUUCGGACAAAGUCUUGAAAAAAUUGUCUUGAAGAUUGUGGGAAAAAAAGAUUGGUUAAUUGUGCCUAGAAGUUUUUUUAUCUGGAUCAAUCAGCUGCACUAUGUGCCAUCAAAUUUGUUGUCAAGCUUGGUGUUACUUCAGCAACCUGUUUUACCCAUUCUUUGUAUCAAAUGCAUAAAAUAGGUAUUCUCAAAUGCCAUACAAUGUACUUUCUCAGUUAUAUUUUCAGACAAAAAAGAAGAAAUGAACCUGAAAACUGGGAUUGUUUUGAAUUGCAAAUCUUAAUCAGAUAUUUUGUCAAACAUAGUCAUGAAACAAUACAAAAGCCUGAAACAAAGCAGAAGCCUAAAGACAGGCAAA